GCAGCUCCUUUGUCCUCAACUUCUGCCGACCCCUUUCGUGUUCUCAUCUCAUCACUCGAAGAAAGCAACGCAUUGUGCUUUCCCAACGAACAACUCGAACCAGGCCGAUUCGCUUCUUGCCGUCCUCCUCUAAUCGCCUGGUGCGGUGAGAGGAGACUUUGAUUGAUUAUGCCAAGGCCUAUGUUGCUUGUGUUUCUUUUGAUUAUUCUGAUAAUUACUUCGCAAUUUGAAUGGAAACAAUCACUUGUGAACGAUAUUGAGGCCACACCAACUAUGUCACAGAAGCAACAACUAAUCUCUAAGAACGAGGAGGCUAUUAAGGAGAAGAUCAUCUUAUCACAAGAAAAAAAUAUUCAGAGGCUUAAUGAGCUUGUGAGGAGUCUUAGAGAACAAUUGCUACAAUGUCAAAGUAACAAUGAGACAACAAGCGAGACGACGGAAAGCACACUGACUGAUAAUGUUAUUGAGGUUGAGAGGCUGCAGAUACCAGAAGACUAAAUCCAGAUAACACUCUAUCGCGUUCAUGACUCGUCGACGACAUUUCAUUCCUUUGCCUGCCUGAUUCCUGACAGGUUUCUUUUGUUCUGUAAAGCUUGUAUUAUAAUCAUGCAACUAAAAUCUUGUAUAGUUAGUUAUAUAUAUAUCUAUCUACCAGAUUUAUCAUGUUCUACAUACAGAACUAAGUGUUGUAUCACACGCAUAACUCUAGAUUGAUUCUUCAAAAUGAAAAAAAAAAAAAAAAAUUCUGGGGCCGAUGCUAAUAUAAAUUUCCUGGUAAAUAGUA